UAUUGUAAAUAUGGUAUUUACUACUAAAUAGUAAAUACUAAAUACUAAUCGUUAAUCCUUGUUGUUGCUUGUAACUUGUGAGGCUGAGGUUGUGUUACAAAAUUAUGAAUGAAUAUACUGAUCAAAACUUAAAAGAUUUCGAAGCGGCCUUGAAAAAUAAAGAUCUUAGUGGCCUGAACUUAUAUUCCGGCUCGAACCACAGUAAUAAUUUCUGUAAUUUGAAUGUUGAAGAAGUGGUUACCGGUGUUGCGAAGCAAAUAAUGGCUUUACAGAGUUCUGAUUGUUUACUAAAUAAAAAACCAGUACAAAGGCUUAAUCCAAGUAUAAAAUACCCAAAGAAUGCUGAAUAUUCAGGCUUAUCACUUUCAAAUAAGAUUUGUAAACAAGAUAAAUUUGAUACACAAAAUGUAUCAGAUACCCAGCUUAUUAAUUUAGUCCAGAAUGCUGAAGCUCUAGAUGAUAUAACUGGACUCACACAAGUGUUUAAUACCACAUUUUGCAACAAUACUUCAGAUAGCCAUUUUGAAAAGGUUAAAGAUUCAAGUGAAAAUUCCAAUAGUAUAAAAAGGCAGAGCCAACUUCCUAUUGAUAAUAAAUUUAUAUUUGACAAACAUGAUUCUAUUCAUGAGAAAUCCUUGGAACAAGAAGCUAUAGAUGAUUUGAAUUGCGAUGGAUUUGGUCUAUUAGAGGAGGCAGGGAGGAGUCCUAUCCUAAAUAUAAUAAAACCGAUAUCUAUAAAAAGAAGACCAACACCCAUUGCAUAUGAUUUAAAUUUAUUUGAGAAAUUUGAGACUUUAGCAUUUCCAAUAGUGGAAGAACAUUUAGACUUAAAAGUUGCUAAAAAGAUAAUUAAUUCACAACUGCUUGAUAAAAAAUUGUAUAUUGAAACUCAUUCUGAACCAGUUCUUAUUGAAAGAGAUAAGUCCCCUGUAUUUGAUGUCAAAAAAAAGAAGCGAUGUCGUAAUAAAAACAAUUGCAAUAAUCAGUUUGAUAGUAUUAUUAGCAUUAUAGAUGAUGAAAUAUUAUUUAGCAGUGAUGAAGAAUUAGAUAAGAAGAAUGAUGAUGAUAAACUACCACUUACAUGUCUUUUGGAAACAUCAUAUUUUACUGAAAAAGUCUUAGAUGAAACAAUAUAUGUUGGCUUCCAGACUGCAAACAAUAAAACUAUUAGGGUUAAAACAGAUUCGUAUUUUAAAGCUCAUGAUAUGUUAAAGGAUAGUGAUAUAAGUUUCAUUAACACAGAGGAAAAACUGACAGAUGAAAGUAUUGAAACAGAAGAUAUUAAUUUAAGUGAAAAAAAAAUAAAACAAAAAAAAUGUUGUAGUUUUAUAUCUUCUAACAACUUAGUUGAAUCAUCAAAAAACAGUACAAUAGUUAAAGAAAAUACAGUUUGCGGUUCUCAACAUACCAUAGAAAUUAAAUAUGAGCAAGAACUAGAUCUACCUCUUUCCACAAAACCAACAUGUGCUGAUACUAUCGAAAGUAUAACAAAGAUAUACCCCAACAGAAAUUCAAUUGAUUCUGUUGAAAAUAAAGUACAAAAGUUGAAUCCAAACCAGGUGAAGAUUGUUAAUAAUGACUGUUUUACUAUAGAUGAUAUUAUACAUCAUGAAAAAGUUGUACCUCAAAGUCAGACAUUAAUAUGUUCCAGUAGUUUAGAAAUGGCCAGAAAUGAAAAUUCUGUUAGUUUAUUAAGUAAGAAAGACGACCUCGGAAAACUAACAAAUACAUUUAAAAUAAAAAAUAACUAUUCAGAAUUUCACCCAAGUGGUACAAAUGUUAAUGCUUUAGAUUGUAAUUUUGUAGUAACAAAUAAAAGAAAACAUGACAUGUCCCCAAAGACAAAAAAUUUAAAAAAGAAAAUUAAACCUCAAAAUGACAUCUGCGAACCAGUUAACUCUUGUUAUUCAAAGACACACCCAAAAAUGGAAAAAAAAUGUAAUGAAAUAUAUUUUGAUGAUUUUGAAUCAUCUGAUAUAAUAAAAUAUGAAAAUUAUAAAGCAGAGUCUAUUAAAAAUAUCCAUUGCGUAACUUUUAAAUUAUUCGAGAAUUCAAUGGAUGAAGAGCCAUACCAUAAGGCAAAUAUCCCAACAGAUAGUAAGAAAGCGACAUCAAUAUCAGAAUCCACAGACAUUUAUGAUUGUGAUGAUCUCUUCUCAAACGAAAUGACAUUAGUUAAAUCUGAAUUUCACCAUAUGCCUUUUAAUGGAUUUAAAACUGCUAGCAAUAAAACUAUUCAGAUAUCCAAGGAAGCCUUGAAAAAAUCUACUAGACUUUUAGAUGACAUAUAUAUAGACAUUCAUUCUAUUCACAAUGAAAAGCAAACUUACGAAUUAGAAAAUUCAAAUCCUUCAAAUAAACAUUUAUGUAGAGGCGAGAUAAAAGAUAAAAAAGAAAUAAAAACAUCAAACGUUACAUUUGCAAAUCCUUCAAAAUUAUUUAGUGAUUCUGAUGAAGAAUCCGAACUUUCUUUCCCACUGACACCACCAAAGUCAAAUGUAUUUAAAGGUGUCCAAACAACAAGUAGAAAAGAUAUCAAAAUAUCUAAGGAGGCACUCACCGAAACUGCUAAGACGUUCGACAAUAUUUAUAAAGAAUCUAUUGAAAUUUUUGAAAAUAAAGAAUCAAACGUAAUCUGUCCAGCUCCGAAAUUUCGAUUUCAAACAGCUAAUAACAAACCAGUUGACAUUUCUGAAGAUGCAAUAAUUGCAAGCCAGACUUUAUUGAAUUCUGGAAAACCAAAAAAUUCGAAUGAAUUUAAGGGUUUUCAAACAGCAAGUAGAAAAGACAUUAAAAUUUCUAAGAAAGCUCUUGCGAAAUCGGUUAGUAUUUUCAAGAAUAUUGAGGAAGAAUUAAAUGAUAAUGGAUUUUUAGAAAAUGUUGAUUCAAGCCUACACUAUCCAGCUCCGAAAUUUCAAUUUCAAACAGCUAAUAACAAACCAGUUGAAAUUUCUGAAGAUGCAAUAAUUGCAAGCCAGACUUUAUUGAAUUCUGGAAAACCAAGAAAUUCGAAGGAAUUGAAAGGUUUUCAAACAGCAAGUAGAAAAGAUAUUAAAAUUUCUAAGAAAGCUCUUGCGAAAUCGGUUAGUAUUUUCAAGAAUAUUGAGGAAGAAUUAAAUGAUAAUGGAUUUUUAGAAAAUGUUGAUUCAAGCCUACACUAUCCAGCUCGGAAAUUUCAAUUUCAAACAGCUAAUAACAAACCAGUUGAAAUUUCUGAAGAUGCAAUAAUUGCAAGCCAGACUUUAUUGAAUUCUGGAAAACCAAGAAAUUCGAAUGAAUUUAAAGGUUUUCAAACAGCAAGUAGAAAAGAUAUUAAAAUUUCUAAAAAAGCUCUUGCGAAAUCGGUUAGUAUUUUCAAGAAUAUCGAGGAAGAAUUCAAUGGUAAUGGAAUUUUAGAAAAUGUUGAUCCAAGCCUACACUAUCCAGCUCCGAAAUUUCAAUUUCAAACAGCUAAUAACAAACCAGUUGAAAUUUCUGAAGAUGCAAUAAUUGCAAGCCAGACUUUAUUGAAUUCUGGAAAACCAAGAAAUUCGAAUGAAUUUAAAGGUUUUCAAACAGCAAGUAGAAAAGAUAUUAAAAUUUCUAAAAAAGCUCUUGCGAAAUCGGUUAGUAUUUUCAAGAAUAUCGAGGAAGAAUUCAAUGGUAAUGGAAUUUUAGAAAAUGUUGAUCCAAGCCUACACUGUCCAGCUCCGAAAUUUCAAUUUCAAACAGCUAAUAACAAACCAGUUGAGAUUUCUGAAGAUGCAAUAAUUGCAAGCCAGACUUUAUUAAAUUCUGGAAAACCAAGAAAUUCGAAUGAAUUUAAAGGUUUUCAAACAGCAAGUAGAAAAGAUAUUAAAAUUUCUAAGAAAGCUCUUGCGAAAUCGGUUAGUAUUUUCAAGAAUAUUGAGGAAGAAUUCAAUGAUAAUGGAGUUUUAGAAAAUGUUGAUUCAAGUCUACACUUUCCAGCUCCGAAAUUUCAAUUUCAAACAGCUAAUAACAAACUAGUUGAAAUUUCUGAAGAUGCAAUAAUUGCAAGCCAGAAUUUAUUAAAUUCUGGAAAACCACGAAAUUUGAAUGAAUUUAAAGGUUUUCAUGGAAUUUUAGAAAAUGUUGAUCCAAGCCUACACUAUCCAGCUCCGAAAUUUCAAUUUCAAACAGCUAAUAACAAACCAGUUGAAAUUUCUGAAGAUGCAAUAAUAGCAAGCCAGACUUUAUUGAAUUUUGAAAAACCAAGAAUUUCGAAUGAAUUUAAAGGCUUUCAAACUGCAAAUAAAAAAGAAAUCAAAAUAUCCAAAGAUGCCUUAGCCAGAACAGCUAAACUUUUUGAUAAUAUUGAUGAAAAUAAUUCUAUUAAAGAAAACCAGGAAUUUUUAAACUUAGACAAACAAAAAAUGCAGUUUCACACAGCUAGUAACAAACCUGUUGAAAUUUCUGAUGAAUUACUCGGAGUAAGUCAAUGUUUGUUGAAUAAUAUUAAAAGUAAAUUACAUUUAAAAGAACAGAAUGUUCAAAGAAUGUUUCAAACGGCUAAUAAUAAAGAAGUGAAAAUGUCAAAAGAGGCUUUAACAAAGACGAAUAAUAUCUUUGAUAGACUUAAUUUUAAAACUGAUACAAAUAAAAACAAAGCAAUUAGUAUUGUACUUUCUCAAGGUGAGAAUUGUAAUGAGUCAGAUGAUAUAAAAAAUAUAUUGGAUACUCAAGUUAUGCUGAAUUUUGGAGAAACAUUAAACACCGAAGAUUUUAUCAAUGACAGAACACCUCAUUCUAAAAGAUCGGGCAGUCCAAUUCUAUCGUGUUCUAAAUCGAAAAAAAGGAAAUUUGAUAAUACAUACAACAACGAAAAAGACAAAAAUAAAAUUAAAAGCAUUGUUAUUAAAUCAUCUGAUGAGAAGUUUAAUUUUGAUGCAUGUUAUAAAAAGAACAAGAUAUAUAAUUUGAGUACAUUAAAGGACUUAGAAAAAGAGUUUGCGAGAAAAGGAAAUAAUACAGAUUUGAGUAAAUUAAAUUUUAAUACACUACUGCAGUUUGUUUUUACUGGCAACAGAAAUGAGCUGUCCAAAAAAGAAGUAUCUAUAGACCAUAUAAAAGAUAUAUUUCUCAAGUCAGUCAAUAAGAAAAUUGUACCAAAAGGCUGGCUGGAAAACCACAUACAACUUAUAAUGUGGAAGCUUUUUUCUUAUGAAGUCAGAUUUCCAAAUUGUUUGGACAAAGUUUGCAGCGUAAGGAAUGUUUUAGAUCAGUUGAAGUAUAGAUAUGACCGGGAGUUGUAUAAUGUUCAGAGGCCAUCACUAAGGAAGAUAUUAGAAAAAGAUGAUGUGUCUUCGAAAACUUUAGUGUUAUGCAUUGCUGAAAUUUAUGUGGAUAAUAAGAUUAUUAAAGGUGAAAUAAAAGAAAACGAUAAUAUAGAACUUUUGGUAACCGAUGGUUGGUAUUGCAUUAAGGCGUGUAUAGACAAAUUGAUUGCAAAGUAUGUGGCUGAGGGCAAGAUUAGAGUUGGGACCAAAAUUGUUACUAAUGGGGCAGAGUUGCUGAACUGUGAACAGGGGAUGUCACCAUGGGAGGACAUAUCAUCAGUCCGUCUCAAGAUAUUCGGCAAUUCGACGCGUCCUGCCCAUUGGGACGCACGUCUCGGAUACAACGGCGUCGCGGCCAUUUUGUCCCAACUGUCAUCUGUCAAACCGGACGGAGGGAAAGUGUCGAAAUUGCGCGCUUACGUCACGCGUGUUUAUCCUACGCUUUAUGUGGAAAAGUUUGAGGAUGGCAGCACUGUAACGAGGUCAGAACGAUUGGAGAAUAUUUAUCAAAUGAAGCAUGAAACCGAAAGGCAAAUUGCUCUGGAAAAGAUUUAUGAGGAGGUCGAAAAGGAAUAUAUGGAUCAGGAUUCUGAAAAUAUGGAUAGUUGGGAUGGAGACAGUUGUAAGUUGGAGAGUGGGUCCCAAAUUGCAUGGAUGAUGAGGACUAAUAAAGAUCCGGCUGAAUUUAGGGCUAAUCUAACAGAAUCUCAAAUACGCCUACUUCAAGAUUACACCUCGAAGAAUAGAGAGAGACAGAUAGAUAUGAUACAGGAGAAGGUGCGGGAAAGAGUCCGCAAUAGUGGGCUGUGUGCUGCCAGGAAUGUGGUGCCCUUGAUGAAAAUAAGGGUGGCUGGUAUUGAAAAUGAGAAGAAAGUGACUAAAGGCAUGCUUUCAAUAUGGUGUCCAAGCGAUUUAAUAGAAGAGGUUAUACGCGAGGGGUCGUGGAUUGAUGUGUACAACGUAGUACCGACAGCGAUUAGGUAUUCAGAAAUCCAGUUGUCAGCAAAUCGUCAGACAAUAUUCAAAAAAUCAACUUCUAAAAACACAAUCAGUAAUAAAAUUACUGGCCAACUAAGCAGGCAGUGCUACCUAAUAAAAGAUUUGAAAAAUCCCAAUUUAAUAACCGACUACAAUGAAGUUGACACUGUGGGUUUAGUAUUCCUAAUUGAACCCACAAAUAUUGCAUUUCCAACCUCGAAAGCCCUGUAUCAAAAUAUAUUUUUGGCUGACGAAAACAAAAAUAUUAUCUGCAUAAAUUUUUGGGGAGGCCUAAAAAAGUUUGGCUACGAGAAUAUUCUGGACACAGGCCAGAUAAUAGCUUGUGUGAAUCUACAAAAGCGAUCUGGAAAUAUUAUUAAAAAUAUACCGCAGUAUAGGGCCACGGAGUUUUCAUAUUUUACUAAAACACCGAAAUAUGAAUGCUCUAGAAAACUUCUAAACGACUUGGUGAAGAUCUUCUCUGGUUUGGAUAAAAGAAAAUUUUGUGACGACUGCUGUAGAAUAAAAGAAAAUAAUUCAAAGUUAAAUAACAGUAGCAAUAUAUCUCCGUAUCGAAUGAAUAACAGUGAUUAUAAUAUAUCAAAAAAUAGGGCCUACAUAGAAUCUCCGUUAGUACAAAAAGAUUCGAAUUUAAACCUUACGGGCCUAGAUUUUGAUUCGACAUUUAAAUUGAGAGAUUCACAGGAGUUAUCACCAAAUGAACUACUGCGUAAAAAGAGGGUAGACGAGAAAAUUGCGAAGUUAAAAAUUUUGGGCGACCCGCCUCCUCUCAGUUCAAUAAAUCUUAUAAACAAAUCCAUAAAAGCUGGAAAUGCAUUUAGAAGUCCGUUGACAUCCAAAAAUGAGGGGGCAAAUGUUGCCAGUGAUAAAAAUUCCGAUGAAAAAGAGAACAUUAAAAGCCCAGUUUUAUUUGUUAAUAGGACGUACAUAGUUAGGCCAAGUGUGAAUCCAGUGAGAUUAAAUUUCUCCACAGAAGAGGCUAAUCGAAGUGACGUUGAUCCAUUUGCAGAAGAAUUUGACGCUAGUCCUCCAUUAAGCUUUGAUUGAUGAGAGUUUUAUGAUACAUGCUAUUCAUAUAAUUUAUUCAUCGUCUGACAAACGGGCUUCCUUAUAUAAUUUGGUUGCAAUAAUUUGUUUAAACUUAAAUUGCCUAUUAAUUGGGAAGUAAGUUCCAGAUUUCCAAUUGUUAUUGUAAAUACAAGAUGUUACCAUUUAUUUUAAUAAAGAUUUUUGAUUGGUUUCUAA